AUGGACGAGAACGGUGCCGCCGAGGAGACAGAGCUGUCGCACUUGCUGGACCAGUACAUACGCCCGCAGGCAGUGGAACUGCGGUGUGAGUCUUGUGGCGGUACAAGGCGUGGGGAGUCGCAAGUUUCAAUCGAGAAAGUGGGAAGGUCUUUGGUGGUCGGGCAGGUCGGGUCGACGAAGAGAACGUGCAGCAUCGACAUCGUGGCCGUGCAAUGUGCUCGCAGAAUGUGGCGGUGGGUAAGGAGAGGUUCGAACUCACGGCAGUGGUGGAACAUGUGUCAGGGAGCACGGACUCGAGAUCAGGUCACUAUGUGA